AUCUUCUCCUAUUGCUUCAUUUAAAGAACAGGCUCACACAUAGAAGAAAGUAAGUUGGUAGUUUGAGCCAAAGUCCGACACAAGAAAGUCUCAGUUAGAUCUUAGCGCAGUUUGGAGAUGUUGACAGCUUUGUUCGGUCCAUGACCCUAUGUCAAAAUAGCCAUUCAAGUUGGACUCGAGCUGCUGAAACAGGAUGGCAUGUGCGAAGAAUUCUACGUCUCCUCGCCCAGCCCCUAACUUCAUGUCACUCUAUAUGCUGAACCGUUCCUGAAGAAACUAUUCCAAACACUUGCUUCGUUACAUGGCUCGGGGCAUGUUAUUAAAAUUAAACACAAAUCCAUUGGAAUUACUUUCGUUAUUAGAAAGUUUUAAACUGUUUUCAAAUAUUCACAGCAAAGCAAUCUGCUGCCCGCUUUGUGACCCCACCCACAUCGUGUUUUAGUACUGAGGUGAUUUCCGUGUACAAAAGGGAGGGUUUGUGCUGCUUGUUGAUUUUCCCCUUGGGCACCGAUUGGAAGGCGAGGCCCUGACCGGUUGCAGCAGGCCCAGGAAAGUUAGGAGAUUGCUCUGGGACUCUCGGUGAGUGGCCAGAGUUUGCAUUUGCGGGUUCAUUUGAGAAUGCAGUAAUGGCUCAAACCAAACUUGAUUGCAGGAAAUAGCUGAGAACUGCAAGUAACCGUUUGAUUAAUCCUAUGUAACAAACUCUGAGCUUUGUCCCGUUAGAAUGAGACGGGGCGCUUUGCGCGAGCAGUCUCUACUAUUCUCGCAAAUGUUUACACUUUAGAAGCUUUCGUUGUCCGAGCGAAGUCUGAAGCUGGGAACCUUUAUUUCCUGAUUGGAGUAUGUGUUCAAGAAUUCAUCACUGUAUCAUUGGAUAAUAGUAUACAGUUUCAAGUCUCCAUCUUACUGAGCUUGGCCUCUUGCAGCAUGACAUGCUAAGUGAAGCAAACUACAGUACAUCCAAAUUAUUUGGCUUCAGUCCAGACAUGCAAAUGCCACAUGCAAUAUGUCAGAUUAUGAAGAUGACCCUGCAGUAUUUUCCAGUGACACAUUGCCUUCUGACCUUCGUUUUAUGGCAACAGUUGCCAAUGGAUACCUUGGCACGAGAGUGUAUGGUGAUGUAAUGCAUAUUAAUGGGAUAUAUAAUGGUGCAAAUGGUGACAGCUGUCGGGCAGAUGUACCAUCUACUGUUAAUGCCAGACUGACCAUACCCGAUGAGAGAACUUUUAAAGAAACCUACACCUUGAACACAAGGAUAGGUGUGUUUAGCUAUAUCAUAGAGACACAGCAUUUCAGGAUGAUCCAGCAGAUAUUUGCCCAUCGCACUCAGAUUCAUCUCAUGGUUCUCAUCAUAACUUUGGAGCGAUUAACCACUUCCAAGGAGCAGUGCACAGUCCAAAUAAAAUCGUCAUUUGCUCCCCACAGCCAGAAUAUUGACUUUGUGAGUGGACCAGACUUCAUGGGAGCAAAGUACAUCUAUGGACAGACUCUUACCCCAGAGGUCAAAGGGGCUGCAAGACAAAAUGUUCACAUGAUCUCAGUGCCACUUCCAGAGUCUCUGACUAUGUUGCCAGAGGAGCAGAGAAAUUCCUGGGUAUUCCUGACCGCGGUGGCCAGCACAGCAGAGCAAGUAAAGGCUUGUUUUGUGGAAGGACAAAGCCUGAUCCAAUUCGAUCAGCUGUACUCUUCGCAUGUGGCUGCAUGGGCUGCACUAUGGAAGCAGAGCUGUAUUAGUGCCAAAGGCUGCAGAAAGUUAAACCAGGCUAUGUACGGGUGUCUAUAUUACCUGCUCAGUGCUCUUCCCCCUCUGAAAUCUACUGACUUCCAUUAUAUAGGAUUAAGUCCUGGAGGUCUUUCCAAUGGGGGUAAAGGAGAAAUUUAUCAUGGACACGUUUUCUGGGAUCAGGAAAUCUGGAUGUUUCCAAAUGUACUAGUAUUUUAUCCAGAGUUGGCACGCAUUCUCCUGAAGAACCGCAUUCAAACACUUCCUGCUGCAAAAAUCAUUGCUGGACAACAAGGAUAUAGGGGUGCCAAAUACCCAUGGGAGAGUGCAGUGACUGGAUUUGAGGUUUGCAAUGAAGCUGUUUAUGGACUAAAAGAAAUCCACAUCAAUGGUGACAUCUCAUUUGCAUUUCAGCAGUAUUUUUACGUCACCCAGGACCUGGAGUUUUUCCAAAAGGAUGGGGGUUGGUAUGUGGUCAGCAACAUAGCUGAAUUUUGGAGCAGUCGAGUGACUUGGAACCCUUUGGAGGAGUGCUAUGACAUCAAAGGAGUAAUGCCACCUGAUGAAUAUCAAUCUGAUGUUACCAAUUCUGCCUACACUGCUGUGGUGGCCAAGUACAGCCUCCAGUUUGCAACAGAAUUGGGAUCACGUUUAAAAGUUACUGUUCCAUCAAAAUGGAUGAAAAUAGCUGAGAAAAUCAAAGUGCCAUUUGACCCUUUGAAGCAGUAUCAUCCUGAGUUUGAUGGAUAUAAGUCAGGAGUCGUCGUGAAACAAGCUGAUGUUGUGCUACUCGGUUACCCACUCAUGUAUCCCAUGAGUACUCCGGUGCGGAAAAAUGACUUGGUGAUGUAUGAAGGUGUGACAGCUCAGGAUGGACCUGCCAUGACCUGGAGUAUGUUUGCAAUCGGUUGGCUGGAGCUGAAGAAUGUUAGUCAGGCUCAGCAUCAAUUUAGCAAAUGUUACAGCCACAUUCAGGAACCAUUCAAGGUUUGGAGUGAAAAUCCAGAUGGAUCAGGAGCUGUGAAUUUCCUGACCGGAAUGGGUGGCUUCAUGCAAACAGUGUUAUUUGGCUACACUGGCUUCAGGAUAAUGAAAAACUAUCUAUACUUUGAUCCCACUAUCUCAGACAGUCUGGGUGAACUAUGGAUUACUGGAAUUAAUUACCUUGGAAAUAAACUGCACUUUCAGUUUUCGACAAAGCAAGUCACCAUUGUUUUGAUAAGGCCUUGUGGGUUUCGGCACUCUGCCUUGGAAGUUGUUUUAAGUGAUUCAGGAAAGAAAUUUGCUUUAAAUGAAGGUCAAGCAGUGACUUUUCUUCUGGAACCAGGACUGAUUCAAAGAAAAUGUCCUGCUGCUGCUUCUGUAUUAUCUAACAAAUUAUAGUCUAUAGGAAUGGAACCAAUUUUUCCUGUCUAUAACAUAUAGGUCUGUGAAUUAUGUGAUCUAAGUUUGUUUUUGUAUUGCUGGAAUUGUACACCUUUCAUGGAUUGUUAUUUUGUUUACUUCCCUCCCUUCAUCUGCCAAAGAGAUGGAUACCUCUUCAAAUAUACUGGCACUUGCAACUUAUCAGUGCUUUGAAGAAUAUCCCUCAAGAAUAUGUUUGGUGUUGUCCUUACAUGAAAAGUGUUGUUUGGGAACUCUGGUUGACUUUCUUUCUCUCUCCCUGGGUCACUCUGGUUAAUUGGGGCUGAUUUGUAGUUUACACUCUUGAGAUCAGACAAUCUGUAAUCUUCCCACUCCUAGUUUAUGUGGCUACUCCAUUUACUUAUUGAGCUAUUAGAUAUGUUCGAGUCAUACAUUUUUUUCAUUCAAAUUAAAUUUCAUAUCUCAGACAUAUGUAAACCAAAGGAAAGUGUAUCAAUAAAAUAGUAAGAAAUGUCUCAUUGAGAUCCAAGUGACUUAUUUAUCAUUGAGGA